AUGCUUAAUCCGCCACUGCGUGUGCACGAGUGGCUCAACCUUUUGACAAUAUUUGACAAUAUAGUUUAUGUAGGAAUCUACAACAGGCUCUAUGGAGUGUCAGCUGUCAUCUUCCUUGUCUACCUGUGCAGUUUGUCAACUCGAGGGAGAAUAUCCACGCCAUUAUUUGGGCGCAAACUCGCCGGAGGCGCGGAUGGCAAAGAAAGCAAUGAGACAGAUCCGUGCAUCACACACACAGAUGCAGACACAGACACGCCUCCACACACACCCCAGCAACAUAUUGAGAAUCUUACCCCUAGUUCAAGCAGGCACCUUCCUGCCACAACUUGGUAUGCCGGCCUAGAUAUUCAAGAUCAGACGCUGCCGUCGUCGGAGGAAAUUGUGGCGGUUCCAAGUCUAGGCUUGCGUGGACAGCAGAGGCAUGCCAAGAGGAGGGAAAGAGAGGGACCCAGUGAGGAGAAAGUGCCCAAAUUGUUUAAACAGGCGGCUCCGAAUCAGGAGACGCUUCCAGAACCACCUUCUCUAGAUCCGGAUGUCGAGUUACUUAUUGAUUCCGUCUUAUCUCAGAGCAAACAUAUGUUACAAGAAGAGGCUUGGAUUGUCGAUGAUGAUAUAGGCAAUUCGAAUUCAGCAACGCAUAGUGAAGAUGCGGCGUCCCUACAGGAAUCUGUGGAACCACUGAGCCAACCUACGGCCAUGGAGACAAAUCAGGUGGCUCCCCUACUCUCCGGAGCCUUGCUAGCUCCGGGAGGCGCUGAAUUAACCGGUACAACGCCUCUAAGCCUUUUCGAGUCAGUGCUGUCAGAAUCCAGCCAUACUGCUCAAGCAGUCUCAUUAGAGGAGUGGUUGUCGGGCGAGGAAGCCGCAGAUUUGGUGGAGGCGCUGCAGCCAAUGCCUUCGCCUGGAGCGUUUCCUCCAGUGCCUAGUAGUAUUGAACCAGGGCUU